AUGGCGACGCCGUCACACGGUAGAGCCGUCAAGUCUCUCAAUAAAUUUCCUGGCCGUGGCCGUUUUAAAUUUCAGCCAUUCUCUGAGAGAAUAGAUGAUAUCCAUAUCAAUGUUUAUAAAAGUCUUCAACCGAUCAAAGCUGAGCCGAAGGAAGGUUCUUUUUUCAGAGACUGCCUAAUGGAAUACAGAGAAUUGAAUACGACGGAGGAUUUUAUCUCAUUGUAUGAAGAAGUUUUGACUUGUACACAAACACAUUGCCUGGUGCUGUUGCAGAAGGAAUUAUUAAUCUCAAAGCUACUUUCUAGGUUGCACAUGAAAGCAAGGCUAUCCCUUGAACCGCUUCUUGGGUUAAUUGCCGCUUUAUCUAGAGAUCUUCUACAGGAGUUUAUUCCGCUAUUUUCAAGAAUUGUUGAUUCUUUAGUAUCUCUUCUAGAAAGUGGUGCUGAUAGGGAGCCAGAUAUAAUUGAGCAGAUCUUCACGUCAUGGUCAUAUGUUAUGAUGUAUCUGAAGAAAUAUCUAGAACAAAACCCAUCAGAAGUGCUCGAGCCAACAUCAAAAUUGAGGUAUUAUCCAAAGGAAUAUGUUCGACAAUUCAUGGCAGAGGCAAUGUCAUUUGUUUUGAGGAAUGCCCCAAAAGAGCAGCUCGAAAUAGGAGUUAGAAUAGUCCUCGCCGAGGCAGUGAAGGAGCCGUCUCUAUGCCGAGAGUCUGCUGUUGGAUUAUUGCUUUAUAAUAUCAUGAAAGGUUACUCAUCAAGGCUCCAUUCGAAAGCCGAGCGAGUGUUACAAUUAUUGACUAGCGAAACAAUUUAUACCAUUGCCGAUGGAGCCGACCAAGAGUCAAAAACCAUUUUGAACAUCAUAAAAAUCGUGUUUAAGAAAUUAUGCGAGACAAUGGAGCCCAAAGAGUUGAAUUUGGUAUGGAGUUGCUUAUAUAAGGAAGUGCAUGAGUGUGGUAGUACUGGAAACAUCAGGCAUUUAAGACGCAUUUUAUCAGUGCUUGUCUCAGCUGUAAAGGUGCAAAAAGGUCAAAAGGUGUCUGAUUAUAAGCCUAUGCUUGAACUCGUCCUCUUGCUCGUGCACUCAUAUGUCACACCUUUGGGUGUUUCCAAGUCACAAGAAGAUACAUGCUUAGUUGUUGAUAAAGUUUUGAAAUUAAUGUUGGCUACUCUCGACGGACUCUGUAGUUACAGCCAAUCAAUGAUAUCUGAGUGUGCUACCCAGUGGGCUCCAAUUUUUAAAUCACGAAGCUCAAGUUUGCCACAUUUCAUUGAAAAACUGCUACAGAAGGAUCCCUGUUUACUUGCUUUCAAAAGUAACGUUAUAAGUGCAAUAAAUGAGUUAAUGGAGAUUUCAGAGGAGGAGGUCAUACAGCUAUUAAAAUCCUUCUGUGAGAAAAUGCAAUUGGAUAUACGAGACUCAGACUUUGUAAACGGCGAAAGUGCAGACGCAUUAGUUAGGAUAUGCAAUCAGUUGCAAGGGACUAUCCGUUCUUGGAUUGAAAAAAUAAAUGAUAUUGCACACUCUGACGUUUCUUGUGAAAUUAAUGAAAGAAAGGUGGCAGUGCUGUGGGGAGUUGUGAACUGCUAUUCUUAUAUGUCUAUCGUUGACGCCGUUCCAUCUUUGUUGGUGCAUCUUAUGGAUGCGGUAGAUCAGCUUCUGACUGUUAAAGCUGACCACAUUGCAGAUACGUCUAAAAAAGCAUGGGAAAGCAUUAUAGGUGCUUUAAUAAGUUCUUACUACAGAUUAUGCAAUGACAGUAACCUCGGAGCUGAUGAAACCAAAAAGAUCUUAUUUUUUGCAAAACGAUACAAGUCAUCUUCACACGUGUUGUCGGCUGUUGCUGGUUAUUUAGAAAGCAAGUAUGGUUCUUCUUUGGAAGACAUCGGGUGUAGAAUAUACCAUCCAGAACUUGAAGAAAUGACUGCAGAGGAAGUGGCAGCAUUUGGUGAUAAUUUGUGCCAUUCAGAGAAGGAGGUUCGAAUUUCAACUCUUAAAAUACUCUGUCAGUACAAUUCUUUGGGUGAGGAAAAUUCUUCGAUGGAUCAGUCCGCUUCGAAGAAAAGGAAAAUCAAAGCUUCCAACACAGGAAAUAAGUCAGCUGCGAAGAAAAGGAAAAUUGAAGCUUCCUCAACUUCCAUUGUGAAUAACACUGGAAAUGAUCCUCUGCCGGUUCUACUGUCUAUUGAAACAACUCCAGUUUCAAUUUCUACAAGCAGAAGUAUUGAACUAUUGAUUUCCAAGAUACAGACGGACCUAUCUGCUGGAAGGAUUAUUAAUGUUUAUGCAACUCUUGUUUUGAGGGGGUUAUUUGGCAUCUUGAAUAAUCAAUUUAACUCUAUCUGGGAUCGUGUAUUAGAAUGCCUUUCGGUCUUGGUUAGCCUGCAUUUUUCACUUGUGUGGGAUACCCUUAUCGAUUAUCUGGAAAGAUGUCUAGCAAUAAGAGAGACCUCUAACAGUGCCGAUGGUGCAUCGUUUGAUCAGCCAGCUGGUUUACUCGGCUGUUUCAAAACAUUUGUCUAUCAUGAAUCUGAUAGCACACCAUCCGUAACAAUAUUGACAUUAUUGCUGCAAGCUUUACAAAAAAUUCCAACUGUUAUUGAACCUCACUCUCGGCAAUUCAUUCCUCUUUUUAUGAAGUUCUUAGGAUACAACACUCUUGAUCUUGCAAGUGUGGGAUUGUUUGAUUCUCAUGCUUGUAAAGGAAAGGAGUGGAAGCUGGUCUUGAAGGAAUGGCUAAACCUGUUGAAACUUAUGAAAAAUCCCAAGUUAUUUUACUUAUGCCAAUUUAUUAAGGAGGUUCUACAAAAUAGGCUUAUUGAAGAAGACGAUCCUGAAAUACAGUUUAGAGUUCUAGAUUGCCUAUUAAUCUGGAAAGACGAUUACUUUUUACCAUAUACCAAGCAUCUGAGAAACUUGAUUAGUUCCAAAAUUACAAGGGAGGAACUAACUACAUGGAGUUUAUCCAGAGAAUCUAAAAUGAUUGAAGAAUCUCACCGAGCUUAUCUUGUGCCCUUGGUUAUCCGUCUUUUGAUGCCAAAAGUAAGAAAGUUGAAAGGACUUGCUUCUCGAAAGAAAGCAAGUAUUUGUUAUCGGAAAGCUAUUCUGAGUUUCAUAACUGAACUUGAUAUUACUGAGCUGCCUCUUUUCUUUGCAUUACUGAUAAAGCCGUUGCAAAUAGUAGAGAGAACUGACGGGCCUGCUAACUUGUUUUGGACUUUACCUAUAGGUUGCACUAGUGAAUUUCAAGCGUCUUCUUUGUUAGAAUAUUUUACUUUAGACAAUAUUGCAGCCUUAUCCUGGAAAAAGAAAUACGGCUUCUUACAUGUCAUAGAAGAUGUUGUUGAAGUUUUUGAUGAAUUGCAUAUUAGACCUUUUCUUGAUUUACUGGCGGGGUGUGUUGUUCGAGUGUUGGAGAGUUGCACAUCAAGUCUUGACAACGUAAAACUGAAUGGACUUUCUUCAGACAAACACAAAUCUAGCCCCAGCUCAAACUCCUUUGGUGAGGAAAGUGUGGCAGAAAAUCAAACAAUGAUUGGCAAUUCUUCAAAUCAGCUCAAGGAUAUGAGAUCUCUGUGCCUUAAAAUUGUUUCCUAUGUUGUCAAUAAAUAUGAGGAUCAUGAAUUUGGUUCUGAUAUGUGGGACAGAUUCUUUUCCUCUGUAAAACCCCUGGUUGAUAAAUUCAAACAGGAGGCUGCCAGUACUUCUGAAGCUAUUGUAUACUGCGUUCUAAAGUUUGUCGAGAACUUGUUAAGCCUUGACAAUCAGUUGGAUUAUGAAGACAGUUCUGCCCAUAGAGUUUUACUUUCAAAUAUUGAAGUGCUUAUCGACAGCAUUUGUUGUUUAUUUGAAAGUGAUAAUGCAUCCAAGAGAAAACUGAUCAAAUCUCCUGGAGAGACAUUGAUAAGAAUUUUCAAAUUUUUACCCAAUUACAUCAAGGAGGCAGAGUUUGCCAAGCGGUUUGUAGGCAUACUGCUUCCAUUUUUAGAAAUGAAAAGACAAAGUUCUGAUGUUUGUAUUGAAGUCUUGCAAGUCAUUCAAAACAUCAUUCCCAUAUUAGGAAAUGGAAGCACCACUAAAAUUUUGAGUGCUGUUUCUCCUUUAUAUAUUUCGGCUGAGUUGGAUAUGCGUUUGAGGAUAUGUGAUCUUCUUGAUGUCCUUGUUGCAUCUGAUGCAUCUGUACUCUUGGUGGCCAAACUUCUUCGUCAGCUGAAUGCAACAUCUAGUUUGGGUUGGCUUGAUCAUGAUGUUAUUUCGGAUGCCUACAAAAACAUCAAUACAGAUUUCUUUAGAAAUGUUGAAAUGGAACAUGCAUCACUUAUUUUAUCCCACUGUGUGCUUGACAUGUCCUCAGAAGAAACAACUUUUGUUUGUAAUGCUCAGAGUUCAUUGCUAUCUUUUGUUGGUUUUUCUGCACUCAUCCUUUUGCAAGAGGUAAGCAGUGAACAGGAGUUGUCUGUAAUGCAAAACACUACUCGUAGUUGUUGGACAAAAUCAUGCAUCCAGCGCAUUACAAAGAAAUUUCUCUUGAAGCAUACUGCAGAUGCCAUGGAUGGACCACUUUCUGUUAGAAAGGGAUGGAUGAAGUUGUUAAGUCAAAUGGCUUUAAAGCUUCCAGACGUGUCAAACCUUAAAUCGCUCACAGUUCUGUGCAAUGAGGACGGUGAAGCAAAUUUUUUUGACAAUAUAGCCGAUCCAGUGAUCCGUAAGAGAGUGAAGGCAUUGUCGCUAUUUAGAAAUGUAAUCAGUACAAACAAAUUAUCAGAGUUUAUCACUGAAAAAGUGUUCAUGCGUCUCUUCUUCAACAUGUUGUUUGAUGAGAAAGAAGGACAGGUUGACCAUAUGAAAACUGCAUGCAUCGAGACCAUUGCUUCUGUAGCUGGUCAGAUGGGAUGGAAGUCAUACUAUGCACUAUUGGACAAAUGUUUUCAGGGAACAUCCAGGAGUCCAGACAAACAGAAACUCUACAUACGCCUCGUCUGUUCUAUUUUGGAUAAAUUUCACUUUUCAGAACUUUGUCACACUGAAGAACCUAAGAAAGCUUUGGUUGGUGUUUCUGACAAGGGGAUAAGUGACAUUGUUUCUUCAGUUAAUUUAGGAAACUUUGGUGCAUCUGAUGUGAACACAGAUAUACAGACGUGCCUCUAUAAAGUUGUGCUUCCUAAAAUACAAAAGCUGAUGGAUUCUGAUUCAGAAAAGGUCAAUGUAAAUAUCAGUCUUGCUGCAUUGAAACUACUUAAGUUACUUCCAGGUGAUGUGAUGGACACAUAUCUUCCAACUAUCAUUCAUCGAAUUUCAAACUUCUUAAAGAGUCGUCUAGAAAGCAUUCGUGAUGAAGCUAGGUCUGCAUUGGCUACUUGUUUAAAAGAGCUUGGAUUGGAAUACUUGCAAUUCAUUAUUAAGGUUUUGCGAUCUACCCUAAAGCGAGGAUAUGAACUUCAUGUCCUAGGAUACACACUGAAUUUUAUUUUGUCCAAGUGUCUCGCAAGUGCAGUUUGUGGAAAGAUAGAUUACUGUUUGGGGGAUCUCCUUUCUAUCAUAGAGAAUGACAUUUUUGGAGCUGUUGCAGAGCAGAAGGAGGUGGAAAAGAUAGCUUCAAAAAUGAAAGAAACAAAGAAGAAAAAGUCAUUUGAGAGCUUGAAAUUGGUGGCCCAAAAUGUAACAUUCAAAAACAAUGCGCUAAAGCUGCUUGCACCAGUGACUACUCAUUUGAAGAAACAUGUCACGCAAAAUGUGAAAGGAAGAUUGGAAAAUAUGUUGCAUAGUAUAGCUGCUGGUAUUGAAAGCAAUCCAUCUGUAGAUCAGACCGAUCUAUUUGUCUUUAUUUAUGGCAUUGUUGAGGAUGGCUUAAAGAAUGAAAUAGGUUGGCAUGAGAAUAAAUCGACAAAAUUGGAAGAUAAGGAUAGGCGUACUAACGCUAAAAGAAUUUUUUCAGGCCGUGUAGUUGCUAGUGGCUUAUUAUGUUCACAUCUGAUAACAGUGUUUGGUAUCAGAAUAUUACAUAAACGAAUGAAGGGUUUGAAACAGGGUGUAAAAGAUGAAAAUACCUUAUCCUUAUUAGAUCCUUUUGUCAAGCUAUUAAGUGAUGGUCUGUAUUCGAAGUACGAGGACAUAUUGUCUGCUUCCCUUGGAUGCCUUACUGCACUGGUAAAAUUGCCUUUACCAUCUCUUCAAGUACAUGCUGAAAGAGUAAAGUCUGCUGUACUGGAUAUUGCCCAAAGUUCAGUGAACUCUAUCAGUCCUUUAAUGCAGUCAUGUUUGACAUUGCUGACUAUGCUUUUGAGAAACACUGAAAUUUCUCUCACCCCAGACCAAAUACACAUACUUAUUCAGCUUCCAAUAUUUUUGGACCUUGAAAGAAAUCCAUCUUUGGAGGCCCUUAAACUUCUAAAGGGUAUUGUCAACCGCAAGCUGGUUGUACCUGAGAUAUAUGAUAUUGUUACUAGGGUUGCUGAAUUGAUGGUGACAAGUCAAAUGAGUUCUAUUCGCCACAAAUGCCGUAAAAUUUUGUUGCAAUUUUUGCUUGAUUAUCGACUUUCACAAAAGCGCUUGCAACAACAUCUUGACUUCCUGCUCUCGAAUUUGAGGUAUGAACAUUCGACUGGGCGGGAAUCUGUUCUUGAAAUGAUUCAUGAUAUUAUAGUCAAAUUUCCAACAAAUGUUUUGGACGAGCAAUCGCAGACAUUUUUUCUCCAUUUGGUGGCUUGCUUGGCCAAUGAUAAUGAUGAUAUUGUUCGUUCUAUGAGUGGGGCUGCUAUAAAGAAGCUCGUUGGUUCUGUUAGUACCAAAUCACUUGAAUCUAUUCUUAAAUAUGCUCUUUCUUGGUAUUUGGGUGACAAGCAGCAACUCUGGGGUGCUGCCGCACAGGUUUUGGAGUUGCUGAUUGAGGUAGCAAAGAAUGAAUUUCUUAAAGAUAUAGACUGUAUGCCUUUCGGAAAAAAAGAAAGACCUAUAGACUGUAUCUUGCCGGUGACUUGUCGCAUCUUGCAGUCUGCUAUACAUGCAGUCAGAAACAGGCAAGAGAGCUUCGAGUCCGAAUCCACCCUUCCACUUUGGAAGGAGGCAUAUUAUUCUUUAGUUAUGCUAGAGAAGAUGAUUCAUCAAUUCCAUGAAUUAUGCUUUAGAAAGGAUCUGGAGGAUAUAUGGGAAACAAUAUGUGAGAUGUUGUUGCACCCACACUCGUGGUUACGCAACAAAUCAGGUCGUCUCAUAGCUCUAUACUUUGCACGUGUAACAGAUGCCAACAGAGAAAGUCAUCAAAGCUCCUUAAGUAGUUAUUUUAUGAUGACUCCUAGUAGAGUAUACUUAAUAGCCACUUCUCUUUGCUGCCAAUUGAAAAUGCCGCUCAUAGAUGAUGUUGACAGCGACCUGAUGACCCAGAAUAUUGUCUUUGCUAUUUGUGUUGUCUAUUCUUUAAUGGGGCAAACUGCCAGCAUAGAUCCAUCUGCAUUCUGGUCUACUCUUGAGCAGAAUGAGCAGAAUCGGUUCCUCAAAGCUUUUGACUUGAUUAAUGCAAAAAAAAUAAGAAGCAUGUUCAUGUCUUCAUCACUUACCUCCUCUGUAUGUGAAGAUAAUAGUCAACUUAAUGUUGAGAACACCCAACAUAUACUUGUAUCGUUAUUGCUCAAGAAAAUGGGCAAAAUUGCUCUUCAAACAGAUGCUAUUCAGAUGGAGAUAGUCUUCAACAGUUUUGGGAAACUUAUGGCACAGAUACAGAUUUGUAGUAUGGAUGACUGCCUGCUCUAUGCACAUGUAGUCCUGUUACCUCUAUAUAAAGUUUCUGAAGGAUUUGCUGGAAAAGUAGUGGCUGAUAAUCUCAAAAAGUUGGCAGAAGACACCUGUGGGAAAAUAGAGAAUAUUAUAGGUACUCAAAACUUUGUGCAAGUUUAUAACCUUAUCAGGAAGAACCUCAGUUUAAAAAGAAAUAAGAGGAAACAAGAAGAAAAGGUCAUGGCUGUUAUCAAUCCGAUGCGAAAUGCCAAAAGGAAAUUGAAAAUUUCUGCCAAGCAUCGUGCCAACAAAAAGAGAAAGGUUAUGACUUUGAAGAUGAGGAGAUGGAAUCGUUGA